UGUGUGGCUUGGAGGAAUUGAUUUGGAAACUUACCUGCAUUCAUCUUGUGUGGAGAACCUUUCAAGAUCGUCCCGAACCAUUCAUCCUUUAUAUUUACGUUGCAGCUUAAUCGACGAUGAAUACAGCAGUGAGCAAAAACCUUCACCAUAGUCAUUUGGUGAAGAUAAAUGGUGUGCAAGUGAAUGGAAUGUACCUUAACGGCCCAACACUGGACACCAGGGCAACCUAUAAGUUUGUGGAGGAUGCCGUAUCGCUGAUCCUCGAUGAGGCAGUGAAGAAGGGCACAGACAUCUUGGAAAAGGUGUGUGAGUGGCAACCUCCAGAGAAGCUGAGAGAGAUCCUAGAUCUAGAGCUGAGGGAUGGGGGGGAGCCCCAAUCCAAGAUCCUGAAACGUUGCCAAGAUGUCAUACGAUACAGUGUAAAAACUGGUCACCCCCACUUCUUUAACCAGCUGUAUGCUGGGAUGGACCCCUAUGCCCUGGUGGGACGCUUCAUCACCGAGACCACCAACCCCAGCCUGUACACGUAUGAAGUGGCCCCCGUGUUUGUGCUGACGGAGGAUGCAGUGCUGAGGAAGAUGAUGGAGUUUGUGGGAUGGGAGGGAGAGGGUGAUGGUAUAUUCAGCCCAGGUGGCUCCAUUUCCAACAUGUAUGCGGUGAACGUGGCCCGAUACUGCUGCUGCCCCGACAUCAAAGAGCAGGGCUUAUCCGCCAUGCCCAGGCUGGUCCUGUUCACGUCACAGGAGUGCCAUUACUCUGUAGCAAAAGCUGCAGCCUUCCUUGGAAUUGGAACCAAGAAUGUUUAUGUGGUGUCUUCUGAUGAAAGAGGAAAGAUGAUUCCCGCAGAGCUGGAGAAGGAGGUGCUGAGGGCCAAAGCAGAGGGAGCUUGUCCGUUCAUGGUUAAUGCCACCUCAGGAACAACUGUGCUGGGGUCCUUCGACCCCCUAGAGGAGAUUGCAGACAUCUGCCAGGCACACAAACUCUGGCUCCAUGUUGAUGCUUGUUGGGGUGGGGCUGCUCUGCUCUCCAGAAAACAUCAGCACCUCCUGAAGGGCAUUCAGAGGGCCAACUCUGUGGCCUGGAAUCCACACAAGAUGCUGAUGGCAGGGCUGCAGUGUUGCGCCUUUAUGGUCAGAGACAAAACGGGUCUGCUGCAGAGGUGCCACUCUGCUCGAGCAACCUACCUCUUCCAGCAAGACAAGUUCUAUGACAUCAGCUAUGACACGGGCGACAAGUCCAUCCAGUGCAGCCGAAAGCCUGACGCCUUCAAGUUCUGGCUGUUGUGGAAGGCAAUAGGGACCCAUGGCCUGGAGGAGAGAGUAAACAAGGCCAUCGCUCUGGCCAGGUAUCUGGCUAUGGAGAUACAAAAGAGAGAGGGUUUCCGCCUUCUGAUGGAGCCUGAAUAUGCCAAUGUGUGCUUCUGGUAUAUUCCUCCCAGCCUAAGGAAAAUGCCUGACAGCAAAGAAUUUUGGGAGAAGAUCCACAAUGUUGCCCCUGUAAUCAAGGAGAGAAUGAUGAAGAAAGGCUCCAUGAUGAUUGGGUACCAGCCUCAUGGGAACAAGGUCAACUUUUUCAGGCAGAUUGUCAUCAGUCCCCAGCUGGGCCGAGCAGACAUGGACUUUGUCCUGGAUGAAAUUGAAAGGCUGGGACAGGACCUAUAACUACAGCAACUGGGGCUUCUGUACUGUAUUGGGGAGGGGAAGGAACCCAAGUUACAUCUCUCUGAAAGAAAUAAUAUUUAUUACCGCAAUAAAGGAGUUUACACUAAUAUAGCUGGGCUUUAUUUUAUACAAAUCAUGUAAUUAAUCAUUUAAAUUGUAAAUUAUAUUUAUAAUAAAACAUUUUUAGUAACAGUUGCAAUUCAAUACAUUCAAUGAACAUUCACCGCUGACAAUGUGAAUUGAGAGGGAAAUGCUUUGCUUCUGUGUGCAAGCAUCAUCAGAUAUCUAGCGUUUUUCUUCUUUAUUACUGGUCAGACCUCAUAGUCUCGUCAGUGGUCACAUUAAUUGUCUUGUCUGUCAAAAUAAUAGAUUACUUAUUUUAUUCUGUCAAACUGUCAACCACUAUUCAGUAAAUGACAAGCAAUAACCCUGUCACUGCUUUCUUUUUCCAUGUCUGAUGUGCUUUCAAUAUGUGAAUGAAAUUACAGAUUGCUAAAUCAAAAUGCGAUGGACGGACCAAACAAAAUGGUCUUUAUAUUGCUGUCCAAGUUUAUUUGCAUUGACAGAUUGUGGUAGUAACCUAAGCCACCUUUCUUUUUUAGCUGGUGUGUCAAAUGUACAUUUUGAGCAUAGGCUGGUUUGCCAGUUGGUAUUACUCAACAGUUUGUUUUCUUCCACCUCAACGUUAAACCCACAUUUUCCACAAUAAAACCUUUUUUUCCUCAUGUGAUCCUGCUGAAAUGGAUACUAGA